AUGAAAUCCAUCGUGGUCAUCGUCUUUUUCUCUAUUUUCGUUUCUACACUUCAACGCCCGACCUUCCCAGAAAGUUCCACCUCAAAUCAGAUCCCCCAGUUCAUUCUCGAUCUCGGAAAUGACUACAUCGAAGCAAACCGCCACAUAUUAGCAUUGCACGGCAACGCCAAGAAGGUGCUCUGCCACCAAGAGUCUCCACUUCGAGACUCCCUCCCAUUCAGUGUUCCAGAUGAUCUGUUCAACAAAUUGUUCAUCGACAAUACCAGGUUCUCAACACCUCGUCGGGGAUGGCAAAAUGCUCAAGAUAGGCUAUCCGAGAUACUGGACUGCCCAGCAGCCCUUGAAUCAUGUUCAAGCUUUUACGUCGACAUCUACCGGUAUGAAUACGACACAUCUCAGCAGGGUCCUGGAUCUCCCGAUUCCACGGCCGCCUGGGGAAGUAUAAUGAUUCACCCAAAUGCGACGAUGAAAUACCAAUAUAUGGGCGAAAGCAUCGCCCCAAUUGAUCCACACAAUGAAUUAGGGGAGCACGCCGAUGCCCCGACUACUCUAGCAGAUUUGUUUGUUGAUGUUCUAACCUCCAUGCCCAACCUGCAGACAAUCGAAUGGAAAGGGCCUGAGGGGACUUUCCAAGGUAAAAGUUUCGAGAGAAUGUUCCUCGAGCGCCGGCUUUCGUUGCCGACUGUCAAAAAUAUGCAUCUGCGGUCAAAUUUUAUAUUCCUCGCCGGCAUGGCGCCCAACCUAGAGUUUUUGACAUAUAUUUCGACUCUAUCCCCGCGUCAAUCGCAAGAAAGGUACCGGAAACAGGUGCUAGAAAUCAUAUCAGACCUACCAAGUUUGAAGAGCGUCCGGCUGUAUUCUUCUUGGGGCGUGCGUGAUUUCCUGGAGCUAUACAAGGCAGUACCAAAAUUAGAAAGACUAGAAAUUGAUGGUAUAAUGGACUUCAUAGACUUUUCUAGCACCUGGUGGUCCGGAAUGCAUGUCGCGCCGUUACAAGGACAUCCUUUCGCCUACGAGGGGGUUCUUGGUGCUAAAUUUGGAAGGUAUGAGGCGUUCAAAUAUAUACAAAAAACGGAACAAGCAGCAAGAAUCGUUCUUGAGGAGUUGCCGAACCUUGAACGGCUUUGCAUUGGGGGCACAUGUACAAACCUGAUCCAUGACAAGGCGCUUCGUUGGCCUUGGUCUGGGCGCGUACGCGAGUACCUACUCAACAAAUACAGCAGGUGGAACGACGAGGUCCGGGGGAAAGUGCUGAUUGAGGAUCCUAAUGGGCCUGUUUUCUUCACUCGUGGGGAGGAUAGAACAUGGUUGGAGGCCGGUAAAGAGCCUGGGGAAUUAGACCUCAUCAAACCAGAUCGUGCUUCAUGGUUAGCUUGGGACGACAGGUACUCUUGCGUCGGCGUCGUUGAAUGA